AUGGCAGAGCACGCACGAGGCCCCCAAAUCCUUCUCAUCUACAUCUGCCUCUGCCUCCUGCUACUAUCCUCCUCAGUGCACCUGGCGAUGAGCAGGGACCUUGAUGACUACGGUGACUUUGAUGCGAGCUUCGCCGACGACAGCUUCUCUGAUGAGGUGGCACCGGCAGACGACUACGACAACGUCGACGAGAGCUUCGUCGAUGAUAGCUUCUCUGAAGAGGCGGCACCGGCACGGCGCCUGUACGACAACAGCUUCAACGUGCUCAACAGCUCCUCCUCCUCCAACAGGUCCGGCGCGGCCUUCUGCAGGCUGCUGUCCCUGCAGAUACUGGACCUGUCCAACAACCAGCUCACCGGAGAGCUGCCGGACUGCUGGUGGGAGAUGCAGGCUCUGCAGUUUAUGGACCUAUCAAACAACUCUUUCUCGGGUAAGAUCCCUGAAGCCCCACCGACCCACAACUGUUCUCUAGAAUCGCUCCAUCUUGCCGGCAAUAGCUUCACUGGAGAAUUUCCAACUGUCGUUCGGGGAUGCCAGCAGCUGGCCACUGUAGAUAUUGGGAAUAACAGGUUCCAUGGUGAUAUUCCUCGCUGGAUUGGAAGCGAUGCUCCAGCACUGAAAAUCCUUAGACUUAGUUCGAACAACUUCACUGGUCAAAUUCCUCUGGAGUUAUCACAUCUUUCACAACUUCAGUUGCUAGACUUGGGCCACAAUGGAUUGACAGGAUUGAUCCCAAUAGAGUUGGGAAACUUAGAGUCCAUGAAGCAUCCGAAAAUUAAUUCCAGUAUAGGAUCGCUAGAUGGGUCCACCUAUCAGGAUAGAAUUGACAUCAACUGGAAGGGACAAGAGCUGAUAUUCCAAAGAAUACUUGAGCUGAUGACGGGCAUCGAUUUGUCAGGCAAUUCACUGUCUCAUUGCAUCCCUGAAGAGUUAACCAAUCUCCAAGGCCUCCGAUUUCUGAACCUGUCAAGAAACAAUAUGUCAUGUACCAUUCCUCAAAACAUUGGUAGCCUCAAAUAUCUUGAGUCCCUUGAUCUUUCCUGGAAUGAACUUUCAGGACCCAUUCCUCCAGGCAUGAGUAGUUUGCAGUCCCUUAACACAUUGAAUCUCUCAAACAACCAUUUGUCAGGCAAGAUACCUACCGGGAAUCAACUUCAGACACUCAUAGACCCAUCGAUUUACGGCAACAAUCCUGACCUCUGUGGACCUCCUUUGAACAUUUCUUGCCAAGAUCCGUUACGUGCAUUUGAUGUGGGAAAUGGCAGAGAAUGCCAGGACCCAUGGCUGUACUACUGUGUGAUCGCUGGAAUUGUUUUUGGAUUCUGGCUGUGGUAUGGGAUGCUCUUUUCCAUUGUGAAGUUGAGGUAUUCUGUUUUCUUGUUUGUUGAUCGCAUGCAAUACAAAAUUAUGCAAAAGGUGCGGCCUAUCAAUCAUUUUCUUUCGAAAGAAAAGAGUGAUCCAUCUUCUGUACCUAUGUUUUCUACAAGUGAUACGAGCUGA